AAGAGAAAUUAUUUGGAAUAAAAAUUGAAAUUGAUAUUUAAUGAAACCAACGGGGAACGAACGAGUUCGUUAAUGAAAUAAGGUCGACAAGAUGGCUGAGAAAUGGAAAGAUGGCUCUUGAUCGUAAGGUCAAUUGUCAGCCUUUUUUAGAAGAACAACAAUCUAGUCAUAGAACCGUUCUAAAAACGAUUUUAUCGAUGUAACACAAUUUUGUAUAGGAGUGGUAUUAAGUAAAAAGGAAAAGACCCUGUCAGUCAAUUAAAGAUUAUGUUCACCUUAAAUGGCUGCAGAAAGUCAACGUGACUGUGUUGGCCGAAGUAUAUAAUUCGUUUAAGAGGUACAUAGACUGGCGGGUCUAGGCCAGGCAGAAAUAUGGCUUCCACGGUUCUGUUGCUCGAGAAUAUCUUUUUCCCAGUCGAGAUUUUAAACGUUAUCGGCAUCGACAUGAAGCUACCUCUUUGUUCUACGAGUAAUCGUCGUCGUUUUCGUUGUAAUAAUCAAAAAGCUAUCGUCAAAUUUCGUGAAUUAUUAGUGAUUAAUGAGAAAUAUCGCAGUACGAAGAAGAUCGUUAAUCAAUCGGACACUUCCUAUUUUCGUUAACAACGUUUCUCUCGUACAUCAACGUGUAUACUCGGUGUACUCGAAGCCAAGAGAUAUUCUUCUCUAGAAAAAAAAAAAAAAAAGAAGAAGAAAAGAAACUUCGUUCUCGUCCUUGAAAAUUUCUACGACCUUAAUUAUCCUCAACACAUUCAUCGAACAACUUCAACGUAUUAAUUCGAAAACUUGUCUUUGAGACGAUCGAAUCGUACUUUCAAUAAUCACGAUAAUUCUUCAUCGAGAUAUGACUCUCGUGGUUGAAUUUAAUCGACGGAAUCGAAAUUAAUAUUAAAGAGAAUCCUUUUACGUGGAUUCUACGUCUAUCUUCGAUAAUCUACUCCAAUUACGAAUAUUCUUUUUCUUCUUCUUCUUCUUCUUCUUCUACUCUUUUUUUUUUCGAUUGACGUCAUUCAAAUCGUCGAAGAGAUAAAUCUAACGAGACCAGGAUUCGUGUUCCAAUGUCCAGCUAAAUCGAUCGAUGAUGAAAGGACUAUCGUGAUAUAUUGAAUUACGAAGGACCGAGGAGGAGGAGGAAGAGGAGGAGGAGGAGCAAGAGGUAGAGGAAGAGGAGGAGGAGAAGGAAACGCUUCGAGGGAUUUUCAUCGGCCAAGUAAUAGCAAACUAAUAGUCCUUUUUUUUUCUUUUUUCUUUUUUCUUUUUUACCUUUCUUCGUACGUAACUAAAACGUAAAAGGGAAAAGAGAAUGUUGUCGUCGUCGUCGUCGUCGUCGUCGUCUAUAAAAUUCUUGAAAAACGUCGAUCCUCUAUUACGAUUCGCUUGAUCACAAUCGUCAUCACUAUGUCAAGAUUUUCGAUGACGAACAUAUUGUUGUUCCUUUCGAUAUUGAACUUUGACAAGUUCUUCCUUACGAUGGAGGAACGAGUAGUAUGUGGAAAAAAUCAAACACUCGUAGAGAUACCAGGAGAUGCAAUGUUAUCCGUUUUCGUCGAUCUGAACUAUGGAACCUUUUGUAACUUAACGUCUGUCAAAGGAUACGAAGAAAUUUCAACGGCAAUAUUCGUCGUAAAAAUCUUGAACAAAUUGAAAUACGUGCCCGAUUUAACGUUGGGAUUAAGGAUCUUCGAUACGUGCCAGGAAGAGACUAUGGUUUAUAAGCAAACUUUACAAGCUGCCGUGGAUAUUGAUUGUUCUGAAAAUUAUGAAAUGGGCGUCCUUGUACCAGCCAUCUAUAACAAUAUUCUCGAGCCUUUGCAUAAUUUUAGUGUAUUACCUAUCAGUUCUUACAGUGAACAGAAUCUGACGAAGCCAUUGAUCAAUAUCAUGGUGCAUUAUAUCAGUACGAGAUUCGAAUCUAUCGAUUUGGUCCUAAUCAAUUCUGAUUUUCUAUUGGAUUAUUUUUUCGAUGCGGCAAGAAACUCUGGUAUAUGCGUGAAGAACUACAAGGAUAUUAAAGAAUUGGAGGAAAAUGUUACCGAAGCACUGAUCGUUGUUAUCGGAAAUAUCGACGAUAUAAAAAGGUCGAUUGAAAAGGGAGAAAAGGUCGAAGGACCUAGAAAAACGUGGAUAGUUUUAUCUCUCGACAGGUCCCAUGUUGAUGAUCUGGUGCCAUCAGGAUCGUACAUCGUGAGAACGGUAUCCUUCGAUAUCGAUACAAAGCAAGGACUUUUUCAAUCGAUCGAAAAGUUUUCCGAAAAGAGUAUCAAUACGAUCACACAUUCACCAUAUCUUUUAGGUAUUGGUAAAGCUAUAAUCGAAUUGACAGGACUCUUGCAUGAUUUACGAAAGAGAAAUUGUCCUCGAGAAAAUGUAUCUUGCGUGAUGCCACGUUUCAUUUCUCACACUCGUCAAGAUAUUAAAAAUGUCGAUAUUUACGAAACACUACAAGUUUUACCGAAAGCUCAGUCGAUAAAAUAUAUCGUUUCUAUGAAAGAUCAUCAGGACUCGCUCGUCGAUGUUGCGACAUAUAAUAUCGAGCCAAAUAAAUUUCGAAUAUUGCCGGAAAAAAAAAUACCGAGAAUGCCAAAGCUCUGUUUGAAAAAAUUCGCCAACAAUUGCGGGCAAUGUGCGAACUUUCAAAGGAGAUUCGAUUCACGUGAUUUAAUUAAAGGUACACAAGAAGAUGGUUUCUUAAAGACAGAAACUUGGAUACCAAUCUUCUUAACGGUUGCCGUUAGCGGUACUUUUGCUUGCAUCGUCAUCAUCGUAUUUAUUUUAUAUCGUUAUUUCGUCGAGGAUAUACUAGAUGGAAAUCCAACGUUAACGAUCGUUCUGAUAUUAGGAAAUAUAUUCACAUUGCAAACGGUUUUACCAUUUUGCAUGAACGACGAUCAGUAUAGUACUCGAGAGCAUUUGAACUCAAGGAAGAUCUUCGUGACUACGUUAGCCUUUGGCCUGCUCUUUUCAGUGAUGUUGUCGAGGGCCCUAUUUCUAGCAUUCUCUACGGGUGGUCUAUUUACCACUCACAUAAACGGUUACCUCCAGGGGCUAAUGGUGUUCUUCGUGUUCGGUGUACAAAUCGCCAUAUCGACCAGUUAUUUCUUUCUCAGCACCCUCGACUCCGCUAUCGUAGUCAGGAGUCUCAUUUUUAUUGCUCUCUUAGGUUACGAUAUAUUCUUACUGGCAAUGUUAUUCGUCGUUUGCUGUUUCAUCGCUCACAUAGAAAGAAAUUAUCGCGAAGGGAAGUGUUUUUUUGGAACAGUGAUUGGCUUAGUUGUUAGCUGGGCUAUCUGGGUGACGUCUUUCAUCCUGAUGGAGCCGGAAAUUCGCGACACUGUGGUCUGUUUUGGUAUAUUAGCUACGGCCUACCUAAUCAUCAUUGGUAUUCUCAUUCCGAGAACUUAUUACAUGGUGACAAAUUUGCCAAGAGAGAUAGACUUUCGAGCAAGAUGCAAUCCUGCCGUCGAUUUAAUAUCCGAUCCAAGAACAACAAAUGCUUUUGCUAGACAGAAUCGAGGAUUUUAUGAUUACGUUCAUCCCAUGGGUGCUGGUAGUACAAACAACCUACAAGCUCCUCCUAUGUUUCCAAAUUAUUACGGUAGUUCAAGCCCAAAUCCAAGGUCACUGAGUCACUGCAGGAGUCCUGAUCCCAGGAGAAUACCAGGUUACAAUAAUUAUGGUUUUCGUUCGGAGAUGAGAGAAAUUGAAAAUUCAUACGGUGUACCACGUGUAUGCGUCGAAAAUAUUGAUUGCCAUUAUGUUUUAGCCUCAAAGCGUCCAGAUCGAGAGGAGCAACGUAGAUUCGGCUUACGCUUUACCGAAGUCUCAACGAAAGAAGAAGAAAAAAUUAAUAUUAGAGGAGAAAGAUUGUAUCGAGACGGACGUUUACGUCGAGAACAGAUUAUCUUUGAACCGAAGAGAACACGACGAAUCGUAUCCUUCGAGAUGUGCCACUCCAAAAAUGGGACAAACAGAAGCGACGAUUUGUGAGGAACAGGAGGACUUAGAUAUUAAUAGAAUAACAAGAUUUUGAUUUCUUAAUU